AUGAACUUUUUAAAUAAGGUAUGUUGUAGUUUUUUCAUCUAUCGAAUUCCGUUGAGAAGUUUUCGCGCUCAUUGGGUCGAAGUUUUUUUCUGUUCGAGUCAAAAGAACAUGGUACACACAACCAGCAGUACAUGAAAAAAAUAUUCUAAUUUAUUUUGGAAAAAAACUGUUGUUUCUUGAUCAAUUUUUUUCGUAUGAAAAUCACAUUUUUUAGUCUUUUUGUUUUCUGUUAGGAGAAACAUUUUGCAAAAGACAACUUUAUCAUCUUAUUUUUUCAGUAUCUCAGAGACAAAUAGCCCAAUAGAAGACAAAAUAAAGUUGAGACUUUGGUGAAAAAUUAAUAACAAAAAAUUGAAAUUCUUGUUUCUUUUCCAUGUCGACUCAAUUUUUUUCAGCUAGCUCAUCGGAUUCUUUUUUUUGCAUUUAUAGAAGCUGGAAAAUCAAACUGUGGUUUCCAAGGGAUGGGUCACAAAUCUUGAAGUUUCAUUAAGGCCACAAUAAGCCAAAAAGAGUUCUUCUUCAUGGCACACCCUUUUUCUUCAAACGAUACGUUCAUUUAGAUUCUCAUCAGUUGAAAAUUAAAAAAUAUGUUUUGCCGCCCUAUUUCUCAAUAUGUAACGCCUACCAGUUAUGAAUCACAAAAAGGCAGCUUAUUGUGUAGAAUCAACUAUUUCUGGUUUUUUGUCUUCUUAUCAGUCACAUGUUAACGAUGAGUCAAAGUUAGUGAUAAAUUAUGUGAAUUCAUGAGUUGGUCAUUUUCACACCUGUUAAUGGACAAUUGUUUGUGGGCCUAUAACGUAAAACGUGGGGACAUGGCUCGUUAUCAAUUUUAGUGUGCUUUUCUCCAAGGCUUCGGCCCGAGAUAGCAAAAUCUCUCCAGUUUUUGCGGACUCCUUUUCUGUUACGUUUGGUACUAUAGUUCUUCCAAAGAUAGUUUUUCAAUGGGGGAUAUUCACUUUUCUAAUCAACAAUGUUUCUAAAAAUUUACCAAGAAACAAAAAUCUUUUCUGCUUAAGCGAAUGAAAUUCGAGAAAAAAAAAACAACUUUUUUUGCUCUUUAAAAAAAUUUCAAUGUCUUCAAUUUCAGAUUUGGACGGCGUUAAAAGAAAAAAUUAACUCCAAAGAAACUAUUGAAAAGUCUUUUGAACAAACGACUGUGGAAGAAAUAACAGUUGAAAAAAGGCCCAUGGCACCUGAGCCGCCAAAAGAAAUGAACAAAGUGGCUCACCCAAUCGGAAAUGCGACGAGGAUUCACACUCUAGGUAGAUCUGUCAAGUAUCUUGAAUUACCUCUGUUUCUUCUAUUUCCUGCGGUUGCUUUUUUCAGAAAUAAAAAAUAUAGUGUAAAGCUUCAGAGUAUAGCUUCAUUCACAUUGCUUUUACUAUUAUAAAGAAGCACUUUUUCGAGAGACUUUUGAAAAUAUUCGACAAAGACAGGGAGGGUCAGUGUCAACUUUAAUGUUUGAACAAACUUUCAAACGAAAAGCCAAUUCAUUCCCCUACGUGUUGUCCCUCUUUGUUCCCAUGUGAUUCAUUCUGAACGUGUCUAGCGUCAUACUCUUUUUUUCUGCUUCAGUCCAGUGUCUUUUCUGUUAUUCAGCGAAACGUUAUCAUAUCAAUCAUUCUUGAUUUCAGAUCCCAUGUGCUCGAGGAAAACCGGUUUCAGCCGGGUACUGGAUGGGUUAGCGAAGCGGCAGCUCGAACAUGACUUUCAAUUAGAAAGAGCCGCUCAAACCUAUGAUCCAAUCAAAAACAUCGGCGCCGGCGCAUUUGGGAUUGUCUGCAUGGCGAAGGAGAGAAACACGGAGAACUAUGUAAAAUUUUUCUUCAAUUAUUUUCUUCAGACGAUCUAUGAAAUAUUUUCGAAAAAAUUCAUUUUGAACAGGUGGCAAUCAAAAAAAUCGGACACGCAUCAGCUACUCCGACAUUGGCUCGCAGAACUCUACGAGAAAUUCGUGUGCUGCGGUUCCUCAAUCAUCCAAACAUCGUGACAUUGAGGGACAUUUUCCGAACGCAGGGACCUCUUGGAACCGAUGUUUAUUUGGGUACGUUGUACGAUUAAAAAGUCAGAAGCGGCUACCAGCUGCCAAAAUUCUUAUCUAACUGACAUUGGCCAGGUCAGUAGGCUGUAUAUGUGCACAAUCGAUGUACUCUCAUGGCCGAUCUGUUUGUGUUGCUAAAUUGUAUUCUGGUCAUUCAGUAGCACAAAGUAUACUUAACAGUUGUUUCUUUCGAAUGGAACUUUGAAUUGAACUCUUAGAAAUCGAAGGUUUUUUUCAGUGAUGGAUUUGAUGGAAACGAAUCUGCACAGAGUUAUAUACGAUACGGAAAGAGAACUCCGGGAAGACGAAAUCAUGCAAUGUCUCCGUCAGCUCCUAGUUGGUCUGCAGGUAUGCAGUCGUUUCUUCAAAAAUGAAGGACAUUCGCACUUCUUUGGAAAGUCAGUAACUGUUUCACAGUCGGAGAGAUCCAACUCUCGUUACGGUUUCUCUGAGAGAAGAAACUAUCCAUAACCUAAAAACGACCUUGUAAAGAUUUCCUUUUGCCUCACGAGAGUCAUCAAUUUAAGCGGCGCCAGCCGCAGAUAGUGUCCUCUUUGCCUGGAGAAGACCACUCCCAUGCUUUAAUUUUCUUUGUUACGCUAUCAAAAAGCAAAUAAAAGUACAGACGGAAAUGGAUAGUUCACGUCUAAAACGCAAACAGGUCACACCAAGAGGGCACUGUGGAAACCGGUGUUCGAUAAAAAUGAUAUUUUUGUCGUUUAAAAAAAGGUUCUUCAUCAGAAAAAAGAUGUUAUUACAGUAUCUUCACAAAGCUCAAAUCGCUCAUCGAGACUUGAAGCCAUCCAAUCUUCUUGUUAACUGGGAAACCGAUAGCUCCAUCACGCUGAGAAUAGCUGAUUUCGGUAAUUUUCGAUCAAAUUUUAAUGAAAAUUAUUCAAUAUUAUUUUCUCAGAAGAUCAAAUAUUUUUUCAGGCAUGGCGAAGUUGGCAGAGAAAGAGAAACGUAACGACGAAGCAGAUGAGCAUUGUUUCUACAUGACGCAGCACGUGGCCACUCUCCCAUACAGGUUUGUUCUUUCGAAAAGUUGGUUUCAUUGAGAACAAAAGUCGCUAAGUCAUGCUGCAAAUUAAAUAAGAGGUUUGGUUUUUUGGCGCGUUGUUGGAGAAAUUUGAUUUAUUUGGUUCUAACAAACGCGUUAGGACUUGCUUCUAGCGCAGUAAAUCAUUGGAACUUGAUGUUGCCCGCAGAUUGCACUAUUACAAUAGAAUCUGUAUUCCCUAAAGGAUGAUAUUUUUGAAUAGAAAAAAAUAGGGUUGUUAUCCUAAAUCUGGACAAUUUCAGAGCUCCAGAAUUGUUAUUCGUUAUGCCUGAGCAUUCAACCGCCGUCGACAUGUGGGCAGUUGGAUGCAUUUUGGGAGAGAUGUACAAAAGACAAGAACUAUUCCCUGCCAGAAGUGUCCAGAGCCAGAUCUAUAUUCUCGUCUUCACUUUCGGGAAGCCCAGCGCCAAGAUUCUCCGCGAGAUUCGUUGCGAACGUACCAAGCAACUCAUCGAGAAGUACAACUGCGACACGAGCGUCAGCUUCCGAGAGCUUAUUCCUUAUGGCGAAGUUUGCUGUUUCUUCCCGUUAUAUUCCGGUUUUAUGUUUUUUAGGAUGGAUUGAGCUGUAACGCCCUUGACUUCGUUUCGCGGUUGCUCACAAUAGACCCAGACAAUAGAAUGGACAUCAACGAAGCUUUGACUCAUCCCUUCAUUCAGGACUACUUUCCUCAAAUCCCCAAUCAGCCUACAUGUCCGUUCCGAGUAAGUUUGGGUGAAUUUAGAAGUUCUCACGACCUCUUUUCAGGUGAAAAACGACAUGAAAAAUGUGGAGGUUCUCAAACACCAUCAGCUUACUGCCGCUUUAUGCAAAGACGUCAAGUCAGCUGAAAACAGUUACAACGCCGAAAUGUAUUCAGGAGGUAGUUCUUGGAAAAAAAAAUGUGGUUCAACUGCACUUCUCGUUCAUCUAACACUAUAAAUGCUUAACGCGCACUUUCAGUUAUACCCUAACAAACUUUUCAGAUUAUCCAUAUGAAAGAAUACGGGCGUGGUCGCCUGGAGAUUUUGAAAGAGAACGAAAUGACGAAAUCUUCGGAGGGACAAGAACUAACCCACGGUAACGCUUUGAAUAACGCUGACGUUUUGUUUUUUUUAUGAUCAAAAAGAUCAAAUAACGAAUUGCUCGAAAGAAAUGGACGCAGUAAAAUGCUGAAAAACAGAUUUAAAAAAAUGAAAAAAACAAAUGAACAGGGUUUUUCAAAAUUGAUAUCAGAUUGUGAAGAUAUUUCGCAUUUCCAAAUAUAUAUUUUGGAUUUUUUUGAAAAAUUUUUUUCGAGAGUAUUUCCAAUUUGGAAUCCACGCCAAGACAGCGUUUUUUCCAUAUUAACAAAAGUUUUUUUUCCCUAACUUAAAAUUUUUCGGCCAGUACCUCGAAACUCUAUCCAGAUCGGAAGCCUUCUUCUCGGAAAAAUUAUCGGAAAUGGCAGAAAAUUUCGAAUGGGAAUGAAAAAUUAAACAGAAAUAAAAAAAUAAAACAAUUCACUUCACUUAUAAACCAAAAAAAAAACCAUUGAUUUUGCUAACCUCAUUCUCCCUGGCUUUUCUUUAAACACGACAACUUCCUACUUCCGGUUGAUACAUAUUUUGUAUGUUUGCUUGGCUUUUACACCGCGCAAAGUGUUCGAUUUUCAGUUCAAAAGAUGAAAACGAUAAUUUAAAAAAAUGUAUUUUUUGAAGUAAAACAUUUAGUUGGAAUAUAAUUCAUGAAAGUUUAAGGCAUUUUUUUUAUAAAAGGAGGAGAGUUUACAGGAUCCACAGGGGCGAAAUCAAGUACAGACAGCCCGACGGAUUCAAGCAGGAGCGACAGCUCACAGGAAUAUGCACGUGA